UGUGUGAGCCGGAAUUACACGAAACAUCCCGGAAAUCGCCGAACCCGGUGAGACUCAUGGGAGCGGUUUUUUCUUCUAAUGAGGUUGUGUCACACAAACCAAGGCUGUGUUAGCUGCACGUUUAAGGGAACAGAGCCGUGACCAUGUGGCCUGUACUGUGGGCAGCCAUGCGGACCUACGCCCCGUACGUCACCUUCCCGGUGGCCUUCGUGGUGGGGGCGGUGGGAUAUCACCUGGAGUGGUUUAUCCGUGGCACUCCGCCCCCCCCGCCGGAGGAGAAGAGCAUCCUGGAGAAGCGCGAGGACCGCAAGCUGGAAGAGCUGAGGGGCCGGGACGUCACGCAGGUCACCAGCCUGAAGGAGAGGCAGGAGUUCACCCCCAGGGCUGUGCUCAACCGCAACCGCCCCGAGAAGAGCUAGACGCGCAGCCCAGGGGCUGGCCUGAACUCUGUGGAAGGCAGACUGUGGAUUAUCGCCCAUUCCAGCGCUGCACCGCUUCGGAAAUACCUUCUCCAUUACAGCACCAUCUCGUGAUUAUGAAAUGAUGAAUCUGUCGAGAGACUUUAUAUUUGAACAUUGAAAAUGUGACAUAUGUGCUUAACUAACUGAGCUUAACCACAAAUCUGGGAUAAUUACAGAUGCUCCUUGCAGGGUAUCCAUUUUAUUAGUACCUUCUUUUUAAGGUUACACUUGCUUCUUCAAAACCGCUGUGGACUCAGAGAUUGGUGCCAGGGGCAUGAUCACACUUUUUGCCAGUAGCUUCAUGAGCGCAUGAUUUAGUUCCUGCGGCGGUAGGGUUUACAUCCCUGCAGGGCUUCAGGAACUGUAGAGCUGAACCCCUAGUUACAACCGCCCUCCCCUUUCCACAGUUCAGACCUAAUCAGAACAGACAACAGGGGUACCAGGGGGGCGCAGGAAAGGACUGGAGAAAGAAAUUAUUUGUCUGGAGUCAGAACAGUGGCCAGCUUUUUUUGAACUUCUCUUAAAUAGAAUUUAGGAGGUAAACGGAGGUUUUAAAAGUCUGGGGGCUAAAAAUUGAUAAACACUUAUUUGUGUUUAUUAGUCUGUUGUCCCUCUGGCCUGUUGGUUGCACAUCAUCAAACCCCGAACGUGAUGCACAUUUCCCCUUGUUUUGGGAUGUCACCCCUGACGUGUCCUGCAAUCUCCUGCAUUCAGGCAGUUCUCCAGAUUGUCUGGCUUUAAGAAAUGUCAAUGCCAGUGAUUUUAGUUUAGCAAUAAAAUCCAAACCUAAUCCUUCUAGGAGUUGGUCUGUUUGCGCGUUUUGCUCAAAUUUUGGAAAGUCUGUUGAGUGCACUGACGUGGUGAGUCUCUGGUGCUGCAGGACUUCGCUUGCCUUUUGUGUGAGCAUGUGCUGAGACAGGUUGACAGUAUGAAGGCCACUUCAGUUCCAAAGAUGUUGAAGUGUUUUCACGUGAAAGAAACGUCAGCUGAUGUAUCGUAUUUUAAUUUUCUGUUGUAAUUUUUGUGGGUUUCAAGUGUGCUUUUGUGGAAAUUCACAGCUCCUUACAGAGAAUUGGAGCUUCUUUGAAAUAUUAUUAAAUCUUUUAAAAACA